CGUAAUUGAAAAUCAGCGGAAUGCAAGAACUAAAUACAUUCAUCUUGCUGCUGGCACUCACUAUUCACGUUUCCACGGGCCAAUUUGACACAGGAAUGAAAGGAGACAGAAGGGUGGUUGUCCAGCUUUUUGAAUGGCCUUUUGAUGACAUCAGAGAGGAGUGUAGAAAUAUUCUAGGUCCACAAAAAUUUGGUGCUGUUUUGGUGUCAUCAGUCACUGAGAACGCAGCAUUCAAAAUUAACCUAAACGGUAGGCAUGUGAGACCUUGGUAUGAGCGGUAUCAAAUCAUAUCAUGGGAUAUUAGAUCAAGACUAGGAACUGAGCAACAAUUCAAAAGCAUGGUUGAAGAAUGCAACAAACAUGACGUGAGCACAUUUUUUGAUGGUGACGUGGUGGGUGCUGCAGGGACUCAUGCAAAUGUUAAGACCAAAACUUAUCCUGGCCUCGGAUACACGUCAAAAAACUUUCACGAAGCAUGUCCGAUGGACUUUGAUGAUCGAAUUGCGGUUCGAGUGUGUGAGCUUGAGCAUCUGCAGGAUGUGAAUCAAACGCAGCCGUAUGUGCAAAAUAAAAUUGUAUCGUUCCUGAAUAAACUAAUUGAUUUUGGAGUCGCUGGAUUUCGAAUAGAUGCAGCAAAGCACAUGUGGCCAGAAGACCUUCGAAACAUUUACAGUAGACUGAAAAACGUCUCCCUUGACGAUGGAAAAAUUCAGAUGAGACCAAUUUGGAUGUUGGAAAACUUUGAUGACGACGGUUUGUAUCAAGAAGACUACAAAGAUAUAGCAUCAGAAUAUGAUUUUGCAUUCCAAAGACUUGUAACUGCGGUGAUCAAAAAUGGCGUCAAAAAUAUGUCCAGUAUACACACAUACGCAAAGAAUCCGAUUUAUAAGAGUAAAACAAGGCAGGACUUCGGAACAAACCACGAUUUGCAACGGUUGUUCUGGGAUGGCUAUUGGGAAGCUCCAAACAUCAGUGAAGUUCAACAGGCAAUCAAUUCUUUCAUGCUGACGUUUUCACGGGAGACGCCAAAUAUCUUCUCAGGUUAUAGUUAUGCAGUCACUGAGGGGGCUAUUGGGCCUCCAUCAGAUCGGUGGUUCAAUAUCAUUUCGCCACAAAAUUGCACCGAUGGAUGGAUGUGCGAUCAUAGAUAUAAAUCGCUCCUAUGGAUCAUCAAAUAUUUUACCAAUUUCGUGCAAGACGCACCCGUGGAAUCUUGGUGGAGUGAAUGGCCCAAUGGAACACCUUACCAAGCCGCAUUCACUCGAGGACAAAAAGGUUUUGCUGUUUUUAACGCAGACACGGAACCACUUCACCACACAUUUCAGGUUCCUCUACCAGCGGGAGUUUAUUGCGAUCUAGCAACUGGGUUUUACUGUCAUGGUCGCCGAACAUGUGUGGGCUCUGAUGGGAUGGAACGAAAGGUUGAAGUGAAGGAGGAUGGUACUCUUAAGGUGGCUUUACCUGGCAUAACAAGACAUGCGAAGUCGCUUGAUGUCGGCACUGGAAGUUUUACGCAGCCCCCAUACAUUGUGAUUAGUCUUCAAUCGAUGUAUCCGACCGAAGAAGACACAAAAACGAGCAUCAUUGAGACCCUGAGCCUGACCACGACCAGUAUGAACUUUGUAGUCGGGGUUGCAUUUGGUGUCGUUGCAGCCGUAGUUGUGUUAGUAGGCUCGUUCCUUCUUCGGAGGCAGUUCAAGUCGGAAAAAGAUGUUGGUGAAGAAUCAUAAUCUCUCCUACUUCCAUGCAUAAACUUUACACUUCAAAAAAUAAUGACCAGAUGUAUAGGGAAAAAGGUUUAGGGCUUAAGGUGAUUCGAUGGACGCCAUAUUUUGUGUCAGAACGGCAUGCGAUAUAUCGCAUCAAUUGGUUCCAUUUUCUCAGCUACUCGUCAUUUUUCUCCAAUUUUGAGAUCGCAAUUCUGUUGUCA